GAAACUGGGAGGUAUCCGCAUUGAAUUCUUACAGUAUAUAAACUCCAAGUGACUAUACGCAAAAGCCUGUAGUGCUUUGUUAGGGAUGUAGGGAAGCGCUAUGAUUCCAAAAGUCCGAGUUGAAGCUUGCGAGAUACCUGCCAACCUUGAUUGUUCGACGCGCUGUUACACCUUGUCCGAAGCUCAGUCUGGCAGACAGGCAGGUACUGCAUUUCCUUGCGCUUCACCUCUUCACCCGAGUGAGUUAUCAUCGCCCAACGCAACGGUCUAGCGCCGCAGUGAAAGAGAAGUGUACGGAUGAAAAGACAGCGACCGAGACUUGACCACGCGCACGCACUGAGCUCAAUUACCUGCUCGUUACUUGCUCUUACAUUGCCGAUAAGCUCGUGCCGAACUACGUCAACCUCUGCUGCGACGAUAAGCACAAGAUCAAACAAAAGGCCCAACUCCACCUCAGACAUGGACCAUCCGCUGCCCACCCCAGAGCAAGCGCUCAUGAUGUCGCGCAAACAAAAGAAGAAGGAGGUCCCACUCUUGAAGGACGCCAUACACAGGAGUAUACUACAAGCAGAUGUUUCUUCAACGGAGAACCGCGUGCGAGGCAAUGCCUUCGCCAGGAAUGGCGUUGGCGACGGCACGGUCAAGGCCAAGGCUAGCAAGAUUGCAGAUGACGACGGAGACGAUAGCGGAGACGAGGCAGAGGUCUUUGUGCCUCUUGUCGCGCUUCAGCGACCCAAGACGGAGGGAAGUGUCCAGGUUGGCGAAGUUCGGCCCGCGCACUCCAACGGUCAAAUCCUUGCUGCAGACAAUGCUGUAGUUGUGUCAAGUCCGUCCCUCAACGCCAACCACCUUGUCCAGCUUGACGCCUCGGCUGACGCCUCGCCCACACCAGUCACCAAACAGAAGGAGCGACCGCCAACCCUGGAGGACCUCAUUGCCGAGGGCAGAUGGAUCACCGAACAUGACAGCCGUCGACGCCUGAACGUGAUUGCGGCGCCCGUUUCAGGAAUCAAAUGGGGUCCCACCAUAAACACUCCGCGUCCAUCGGGCGGCUAGGUGCUGGGGGAGCUGGGGCUGAUUGCUGGGCUUGGUGAGGUACAAUGCGCUUAACGGGCGCCAUUCUCAUGCGUGUGUGCGGAGUACACGGAUAUUUGCUUCGUGCGAUGGACUGUUUGGCUUCUCCGGGAAGGGAGCAAUCUCGGUACUGUACUUGCUCACGGAGAUGAGCUGAUCUGAUGCCUUCUAU